CACUUAGAAUUCUCGCACCUAGGCCGAAUAUUUUGCCUUUCGCACAUUCUACAAUUCGCUACGCAUUUCAUUCCAUUCCAUUCCAUUUUGUGUGGGUGCUACGAAUGAGGAAGGAGAAGAAGCGGUGCUAGAAUAGAUAGAUACAUAGAUAGAGAAGAGACAUCAUCGAACAUCUCGAAAGAGAGGGAAAAUGGGUAGUUACGAGGCGGUGACGGAGAAGCCGGCGACGGCGACGAAGUGGGUGGUGACGUGCAUGGUGGGAGGGGUGAUCGUGGGGGUGUCACUGCUGGGUGCAUACUCGAGCCAGCUCUGGAAGAGCCGAAGACGCAACAAGAAGCCCGUUCGCGUCUACAUGGAUGGCUGCUUCGACAUGAUGCAUUAUGGCCAUUGCAAUGCCCUUCGCCAAGCUCGUGCCCUCGGCGACCAGUUGAUUGUUGGGGUUGUUAGUGAUGCAGAGAUCAUUGCCAAUAAGGGCCCCCCCGUUACCCCUCUUCACGAAAGGUUGAUAAUGGUGAAUGCGGUGAAGUGGGUGGAUGAGGUUAUUCCUGAAGCUCCCUAUGCGAUAACCGAGGAGUUCAUGAAGAAGCUUUUUGAUGAGUACAAGAUAGAUUACAUUAUUCACGGGGAUGAUCCUUGUGUUCUUCCGGAUGGAACUGAUGCUUAUGCUCAUGCUAAGAAGGCUGGUCGAUAUAAGCAGAUAAAGCGUACUGAAGGGGUUUCCAGCACUGAUAUUGUUGGUCGCAUGCUUCUCUGUGUAAGAGAAAGGUCUAUUACUGAAAAAAAUCAUAAUCAUUCUUCUUUACAAAGACAAUUCAGCAAUGGCCAUAGUCCGAAGUUUGAAGCUGGUGCAUCUGCUGCAACUGCAAGUGGAACUCGUAUAUCUCAUUUUUUGCCUACAUCUCGUAGAAUUGUUCAGUUCUCAAAUGGGAGGGGUCCAGGACCUGAUUCUCGCAUUGUAUAUAUAGAUGGUGCUUUUGAUCUCUUUCAUGCUGGACAUGUUGAGAUCUUGAGGCUUGCUAGGGAUCUUGGAGAUUUUCUUCUUGUUGGAAUACACACUGAUCAGACAGUCAGUGCAACUAGAGGAUCGCAUCGUCCUAUCAUGAAUCUUCAUGAAAGAAGUCUAAGUGUUUUAGCAUGUCGCUAUGUGGAUGAGGUUAUAAUUGGUGCCCCAUGGGAGAUUUCCAAAGAUAUGCUCACUACAUUUAACAUCUCAUUAGUUGUUCAUGGAACCAUUGCAGAAAGUAAUGAUUUUCAGAAGGAAGAAUGCAAUCCAUAUGCUGUUCCUAUUAGCAUGGGCAUCUUCAAAGUUUUAGAAAGUCCUUUAGAUAUAACUACUACUACAAUAAUUAGAAGGAUUGUUUCAAAUCAUGAGGCAUACCAGAACCGAAAUAAGAAGAAGGGUGAAAGUGAGAAAAGAUACUACGAGGGCAAGAGUCAUGUGUCUGAAGAAUAAUUCAUGUCUGUCGUUUGGAGCACAGACAUAGGAGGAUACCAAGCUUUUUCUCUUUUUUGAGAAAUGAGUUUUGGUUCAACUUGGUGCACAAAGUUGGAUAUUGUGUUCAGUGCGUCUACAGGUUAUGAUUUGUCAAACUUAUUGAACCAACAACUUACCUACAGUUGAUCACAAGUAUGAAAGCGUUCCCCAAAUAAAUUCGUGAUUAACUAAAUUAUCUGUUAAAUGAGGUAUAUUUGAAUAGACUCGCGAACCGAAAUGUUCAACUUAUGCUACCAGCCGAACACAACUCAUUUUCUUCAUUUUUUCUUUUCUUUUAAAUGGCCUAUACUGUAUUAUUGCUGUGAGAAGUUGUUGAAGUAUUAUGUUGUCUGAUUAAGUAUUGAUUUUUUUGUUUGAUAAACUAGUGAAAAUAUAUUCGUUAAAUGACUAUUGAAUAGUUUUUAAA